AUGUCGAAUAUGGAUAAAGAAUGGAUUUUGAAAGAUAGGGAUUCGCUGGAUUAUGAAAUUGGUGUUGAAAAAUUCUUGAUUUAUGUUGAACAAAACUGCAAGAAUCCUAAGAAAGUACCUUGCCUCUGCUCGAAAUGCAUAAAUUUCAAGAAAUUCUCGAUAAAAAUAAUUAGGGGUCAUCUUUAUGAAAAUGGUUUUAGUUUGGGGUAUAUUGAUUGGAUUUGGCAUGGGGAUCAGAGUGUAAAGUCAUCAAUGGGUAGCACACUGCACCCUGAUGAAGACGAGAUAAUUGCAGCUUCAUUUGAAGCUGCAUCGGGAGUUGCUGCUGCUGCUGAGCCUCUAUAUGAGGGUAGUGACUGCACUAAAUUAGAUUCAAUGUUAAAAUUGCAUAAUCGGAAAGCGAGAUUCGGUAUUAGUGACAACUCCUUUACUGAUCAUUUACUCUCUAUUGUCGGCUCCAUCCUUCUUGAAGAUCAUGCACUACCUGUUAAUGCAUACGAAGCAAAGAAAUCUUUAUCAAAUUUAGGCCUCGAGAAUAUAAAAAUCCACAACUGUCCGAAUGAAUGUAUUCUAUAUAGAGGAGUAAAUGAGAAUGCUUUAGAGUGUCCCAAGUGUCGUCUAUCUCGGUGGAAGUUGGGGAAGGAUGGUAAAGCAAGGGUUAACGUCCCGGCCAAAGUUAUGUGGUACUUCCCUAUCAUUCCAAGAUUUAAACGGAUGUUUAAAUCUCCUUCGAUAGCUGAGUUAUUGACUUGGCAUUCCAACCAUAGACUUCACGAUGGCCAGAUGCGCCAUCCUGCUGAUUCACCUGCUUGGCGGAAUAUCGAUUACAGGUGGCCCACUUUCGGCAGUGAGCCUAGUAACCUGCGCUUAGCUCUGGAUGCAGAUGGUAUAAAUCCGCAUAAUAAUGGGCUAACUAAUCGAUUUAGUUGUUGGCCAGUGGUAUUAGUAACAUAUAAUCUGCCUCCUUGGUUAUGUAUGAAGAGAAAGUUUAUGAUGUUAAGUGUAUUAGUCUCCGGUCCACAUGAACCAGGAAACAAUAUUGACGUGUUCUUACAAUCGUUAAUAGAUGAUUUGAAGAAUCUUUGGGAAGAAGGUGAACCGAAUGUAUAUGAUGCGAACACUAAAUCUCUAUUUACUUUAAGGGCAAUUCUUAUGUGGAUGAUAAAUGACUUUCCGGCAUAUGGAAAUCUGUCCGGGUGCGUCAAUAAGGGUUAUUUGGGGUGUCCGAUAUGUGGUGACGAUACCGUAGCUAAAUAUUUACCUUAUAGUAGGAAAAUAUGUUAUCAAGGUCAUCGUCGGUAUUUGCCUAGGCAUCAUCCAUAUAGGAGGAAGAAGGCAGCCUUUAAUGGUGAACAAGAGCUUGGGCAGGCACUACCACCAAUUUCUGGAAAGCAGGUGUUAGAGCAACAAGAAAAAAUUCAAUUUUCUCUCUGA